UUAUGGUCUUUGUGUUUUGUUUUAGCCUUCAAACUCAAAAGCAUCAGAGACAUUAGACAUGUCCCACCAGGAAAUUCUAAUUCCAAGAGUCAAACUGGGAUACCAGGGCUUGGAGGUUUCAUUUUUGGGGGUUGGAUUUCUGUGCGUCACUGGGUCAUACUAAGGGAAUCACUUUCUUUGACACUGCGGAGUGCUGACAUUUAUGGUACUAAUACUAAUGAAGUUCUACAUGGGAAGGACAGAACAAUUUACUCCAGAAGACUUGUUCUCCUGGCAUGUAGAAACAGAAGAUGCGUACAUACUAGCUGCUCAAUAAUGGAGAGGCAGAUUCUAGACUCUGUAUUAUGGUGCAGGCAUGUGAACAAAAAAAAAAGAAAUACAAGGGAAGACCAACAACAGAGAGUUAACUUGAAUGUACUGGAACCAUUUGCACCCAGGAUCCUGGUUCUUCAUGAGCUUGUUUCUUUCGUUCAUGACCAUGUUAACGUGCCUAACCUAAGUCAGUUGGUAGGAUCAACUUCAGCAAAUGAUUCGGCAGUUACAAUGAAAGGUCAACAUGAUCAGAGUGCAGGAACAAAUUUAUCUGUUUUGGAAGCAUUUUUGUUCGGGUGUACUAUGGGGCAUCGGUUAAUCAGCACCUGCAUUUUUAUCUUCAAUUUGAUUCAGAUGGACAAUAGGAAUCAUCCAAGCAUGCUAAUAGAUACAAUACUUUCUGGACAUUUCAGAAUUCAGCUGAAAUAAAACUAAUCUUUAACAGAGGUGAUGGGAUUAUGCUCCUGCCAGAUACAUAUGACAUCUUACCAACAAUCACCUGAGAAUGAGAGCUUUGCUUUAUUAUUAUUAUUGUUGUUGUUGUGUUUUCCCUUUAUUCUUUGGUUCAUUUAUCCUAGUACAUUCUCUGUGUUUCUCUUUCCUUCCUUUAUCAAAGGAAAGAAGAAAAGAAAAAAAUUUAAAAAAAAGGAGGAAGGGAGAGACAGAGAAAAGAAAAGAGAGAAAAGCCAAAAGAAUAUAUUGUGCUACUUUAAAUGCAUUAGAUUUUAAAUACAUCAGAAAACAGUUAAGUUUGAAAUCUGAUUUUGUUGUUGCAGGCAUCCCAGAAUGUGUUGGAUAAGUAUUUGGGAGUAAACUCUGAUGUGCAAAAACCUUCUGUUAGAUAAGACAUUUAGUGAUGCAACUUCUUGAAAGAAUUUUUCCAACUGGUGAUAUGAAAAGAGUCAAUCAGUGCAUUCCCACUGAAGAAGCAUUCUGUCUCAAUCGGUACUUUUACGUGUGAGCCAUCCACCAUUUUUUAGAAAUAUAAAUCAUUGCCAACUUUGAAUAAUGAUGUAUAUCUCAGCUGUCAACUUGCCAUACCAUCCAAGUUCCUUGACUUUAAUGAUACUUCCACAACCAAUUUUUUUAAAUUCUGUACAGUCUGAAUUAUGAAAAUCACGUUUGUGUUUCCUGAUUUGGGAUCUAAAUGGUCCAUCAAGAUUUUAACAGCUAAGAAUAGCAUAUUCAGAUGAUGGGUGCCUGUAUCUUGCAUCCUGCGUGCUUAAAUUUUGCCCAGACAAGCGUCUUGUGUGUCUAAAUUUGAGCAAGAUUGUUGGUAGAGGUGUGUUAGACAAUAAUCUUCUACUGGGCAUGUGAUUCUAGCAAUGAACUCAUAAACAUAGUUAGAGAUGAGGAGAUGAGCUUUUCCUGACUAGCGUAUGACAAAUGGCUAUUAGCCUUGUAGAAACUCGGAUGCAUUUCACUUGUGAAAUAUCAUUAAUGAUUGGUCUCUUAGGUUUUUUCUCUAUUUAUUCCAUUUUAUUUUUAUUAAAAAUCCCUUGCUAGUUGCCAUCAUUUUUCAUUUAAAUAUGUGAGAGCGAACUACAAAAAUGUCAAUGUAAAUGUCGUUUCAAAGUGUGCAAUUAUGCCGGAAGAGGCCAUAGAGAUGCAUGUUUCCUUCUUUAUUCUCAAAUUGAAUGGUGAUUACUCAAGUGAGUUGUGGAAAAAGAUUGAGUUGCAUGAGGGUUUGCAGAAGAGGAAAAAAGAGAAAGCAUAGAAAAGAGGCUUUGGUAAUAAUUAGGGCCGGAAGGAAGCAAAAGAAGGAAAAGGAAGGUUGGUUAGGAUGAGAUUCCCUGGUGGAAGAUGACAUAUGCAAGCCAACAAUCUUUAGAGCGAAAGGGUAGAGAGAGGUAAUGGAAGAAAAACUUUUGAUUUGUCAAGUUGUGCAGCAGAGGAAGAUAAAGUAGAUAAAGUAAAAAAGAUAUGAAGUCUUUUUCUUUUUUUACUAGGCAAAUGGUAUGUAUUGUAACUUAACCCUGCAACUCACAUAUACUUUCUAAAAGCUUGGAUUGGAUAUACCAAACACCCCCCCCCCCCCUCCUUUCAUUAAUCCCUAGGUCUCCUCUCUCCUUCCCUUGGUGAAUAUGCUCAGGUAGCUAACUAGGAUUUCCAUACUUUAUUUGGCCAAGUAGAUUCAUCAUUUGUCGGCUUCUCAUUAACCUUCAGCAAUUAACACAAAAAACUUAGGGCUAAAAUUGAAUUAAAAAAUUUUUGAACCCAUUUUUCAUUUAACUUAAAAUAAUUAAUUUAUAUUAUUUGGUAAUUUUUAUCUGGAAUAUAUAAACCUUAUCAAUUAUCAAAUUCCCCGUUCUUGGAAGAUGUGGAAUUGCAAAUCCUAGCAAUCAAGCUGUUGAAUGUCAUACAUCUACUUUCUGUAUAUCAUUCUAUCUGAACUUUUUUAUAACCUAGAAUAGAACUUCAUGCUGUAUCACUCCUAGCAAUCAUAUGAAAACCUGGUGAUUGAUUUAGAUGAUAUUAAUUUUUUCUACCAUAUGGGUCUUUUCAAGACUCUUUGAUCUACUCUUUUUUUUUUGUUUCUCCAAGAUUAAAGAAAAAAAAUAUCUGGGGUGGAGGCAGACAUUGGUGGGUCAUGCAAUAAGCAAAACGGGGUGAAACAAUGUGAAUGAAAGUGCAAGUAUUAAGCAGCUGUGUUGCAAAGGCUGUGUGAUAUGGGGACUUGCACAGAAAUUGAUGAAGGGGUCAUCAAGUAAAUAGAAAAUAAAUGAGAAUCUUUUAGUACCACUAAGUAUGGGACCACCACCACACUCACAGCAGGAGGUUUUAUCUUUGCAAUUUUCAUAAUUUGUUCGUCAUAGUAGCAUAAAGUUAUUGAGCAAAAGAAAUUCUUGGAAACUGUUAUUGCUUCCUUAUUCUUCAAUAAUCAAUAAGGAAUUUCAUUGAGGAAGAAGAUUGGAGUGAAAGAAAAUUUCCAUCUAAACCAUUUUCAGAAUUAUUUAUGAAAAUAAAUGAGAAAUGAUGACUAAUUUGAAAUCAAAUAUUAAUUACCUCUUUUGUAGGUUGCUGUUAUGAUUAUGAUCCCAGCUGCCUAAUUAUAUUUUAAUUUUUCAGUGUGAAUGGGUUGACAUGCUUCAUUUUUUGAAAAUUAUGGGGGCUUAUUUAUUGGCUCGGUUGAAGAAAUUGCAGUCUAAAAUUAUUUUUUUUCCAUUAGUGACAAACAAAAUAUUUAAAGAUGGUCUUAACCCCUAAGAUUUUUAG